CUUUGACCUUUAUUAUUUUACCACCAGCACCGUGCAUAAGCCCAGUGGGUAUCAUUCUGAUACCGUACCGUGUGAGAGAACUAGUGCUUGCUCCAGAAUCCUGCACGAUGGCUACAAUCCACCCUGGAGGAAAGCGUCACGUCUGCUACUACUAUGACGGUGACAUUGGUAACUACUACUAUGGGCAAGGUCACCCGAUGAAGCCGCACCGCAUCAGAAUGACCCACAACCUCCUCCUCAACUAUGGUCUCUACAGAAAGAUGGAGAUAUAUAGACCAAAUGCAGCGGCUCAGGAAGAGAUGACCCGUUACCAUAGUGACGAGUACGUCCGGUUCCUCCGUAACAUCAGACCAGACAAUGUCCAGGAGUACACCAAACUAAUGCAGCGAUUCAAUGUCGGUGAAGAUUGCCCUGUGUUUGAUGGUCUCUAUGAGUUCUGUCAGCUCUCAGCUGGUGGCUCUAUAGCCGGAGCCAUCAAGCUGAACAAGCAAGAGACAGACAUAGCUGUGAACUGGAGUGGGGGUUUGCACCACGCCAAGAAGAGCGAGGCCUCGGGGUUCUGCUACGUCAAUGACAUUGUGCUUGGGAUACUUGAACUACUCAAGUAUCAUCAGCGGGUGCUCUACAUUGACAUUGACAUUCACCAUGGCGACGGUGUAGAAGAGGCGUUCUAUACCACAGACAGAGUCAUGACGGUCUCCUUCCACAAGUACGGGGAGUACUUUCCUGGGACGGGGGACCUCAAGGACGUGGGUGCAGAGAAGGGCAAGUACUAUGCUGUCAAUUUCCCACUGAGAGACGGUAUAGAAGAUGAGUCUUACCAGAUGAUUUUCAAGCCCGUUAUGUCUAAGGUCAUGGAGAUGUAUCGCCCGUCUGUCAUCGUGCUUCAGUGUGGAGCAGACUCCCUAGCUGGAGACAGGCUAGGCUGCUUCAACCUCACUCUCAGAGGUCAUGCUGAGUGUGUGGACUUCAUGCGACGGUUCAAUGUGCCCAUGCUACUGCUCGGGGGAGGUGGGUACACCAUUCGGAACGUGGCCAGGUGCUGGACCUACGAGACAGCAGUUGCCCUCAACUGUGAUGUGGCAAAUGAACUGCCUUACAACGAUUACUUUGAGUACUUUGGGCCUGACUUUAAACUGCACAUCAGUCCUACAAACAUGUCAAACCAAAACAACCUGGACUACCUCAACAAGAUCAAGGCACGGCUCUUUGAGAACCUCCGUCUCGUCCCUCAUGCACCCAGCGUGCAGAUGCAACCGAUACCUGAAGAUACUUUCCCUGAGAGUGAACAGAAGGAACAGAAUCCAGACACAAGAAUCUCACAACUCCACCGAGACAAGCGCAUCGCCCGUGACAACGAGUAUAGUGAAAGUGAUGACGAGGGGGAAUCCCCCUCCUCCAACAGCAAGAGGGGCAGGAACGAGCAUUCCUUCAAGAUAGGCACCAAGCGACCUAAACUAACAGAGGAUCUGUCGGUAAAGAACGCCACUAAUGGCAAGCCUGGUCAGAAGCAGGGAGGAAUUAUCGCUAGUCCCCUUCCCCCAGAGCCGAGUCCCAUCACUCCGCUGCCCUCUGAGGAGCCCACUCCCUCUCACAGUAAAGAGAGUUCGACUAACCCGGAGCCUCCAAAAACUGAGAAGUCCCCCUCUCCCCCUGCCCAGCAACCUCCUCAAGAAGACACGUCCAGUGAGGCGGUUCCUGAGAAGAAGGAGGACACAGUAAAUCAGAGCAAGGAAAGCGAACCUCCUCAAAAUACUGGAGACCAGCCCAAGUCUCCCGUCCAAACUGAAUCUAUGGAGACAGUGGAAUCUGGAGAUGUUGACAAGACCACAGCCCCUGAUGGGGAGGAAGCCACACCAGCAGCAAACACUCAACCACCUGAAGGAGAGAAAAAAGCCGACACACCCCCUGCUGAGGAGCCCACUAAGAAAGACACACCCUCCCCCAAAUCGAAUGACCCUGUUGAGACUCAAGACCCCCCUCAGGAAUCAGCACCCACUCCUACUGACCGCUCCUCCCCCUCCAAAGUGGAGCCAAUGGAACACUAGAUCUAGUCCUUUUUCUCGCUCGUUAUCAAUUUUUCCCAACUCAGCAUGCACACAUGUACAUUGAAACUUAACUUAACUUAACAGCUCAGAACGUAGCACACUGGUUUUUGAGCUAACUACUAUUAUCAUAAAUUAUGACAUGUACUGCAUUUUACAAUAAUUUAUAUGAAUCUAUAAUUAUUAUGACAUAAUUUUAUUAAUAUC